AUGGCUAAUAAAAAACAGAUGACUGAGGACGAGAAGUUCCUCUUCCUGGACAAGGACUUCAUCAACAGUCCCAUGGCCCAGGCCGACUGGUCAGCGAAGAAGCUGGUGUGGAUCCCCUCUGAGAAGAAUGGCUUCGAGGCGGCGAGCGUCAAGGAGGAGCACGGGGACGAGUGCCUGGUAGAGCUGGCCGACAACGGGAAGAAAGUGACAGUGAAUAAGGAUGAUAUCCAGAAGAUGAACCCUCCCAAGUUCAGUAAGGUGGAGGAUAUGGCCGAGCUCACCUGCCUGAACGAGGCGUCGGUGCUGCACAACAUCCGGGAGAGGUACUUCUCCGGGCUCAUCUACGUGAGUUGGACUCUCUACGUUCACACAGAUACAUACAGUCAUACUUGUACACACUCUACACAACCUGAGGUAAAUUACUUCUGUCCCACGGCACAGACGUCAAUUCAACAUCCAUUCCACGUUGGUUCAAUGUAAUUUCAUUGAAAUGACGUCGAAACAACGUUGAUUCAACCAGUGUGUGCCCAGUGGGAUAGGCCUAUCUACAUGAGAAGAUAUGGUCGUAGAAGCACACAGGCCCAUAAAUACUCACAAUAAUACUCACAGUCUUCACAACCUUAGAAAGAGGUCCUUGCUACCAGCAAAAAGGACUGUGAUAAUUUCAAACACAGCAAUUGAAUAAGUGUAGAAUAACCGUGUUUGCUUAUUAUCAAUAAUAACCCUGCUUAUCCAUGUUUUCUCUCUGCAGACAUACUCUGGCCUGUUCUGUGUAGUGGUGAACCCAUACAAGAUGCUGCCCAUCUACUCUGAGAAAAUCAUUGAGAUGUACAAAGGGAAGAAACGCCACGAAGUUCCCCCUCACAUCUACUCCAUCACUGACAACGCCUACAGAAACAUGAUGCAA